AUGAGGAAGGAAUCACUCUUGCCCAAUAUUGCAGAAGUUACAAAUCUUAACGUCCAAAAAGAUGAGAAUAAAAAGCUCAACAGACCUGACAUUAAUGAGAUUUGGAUACCAUGCUCAAUAUGCCAUCAACACAUACAUCAGAAUGUAUUCUUAAAUCAUAAACAGUUACAUAAAGCGUUUAAUUUGAUGGGCUACAAGGUAGCAGACAAACCAGCAAACAUUGAAAGUUUAAACUCCAAAAAACUACAAGUAAUAUCACAGAAGAAUAAAUCUUCACCUUGUAUGCUGAGAGAAAGGCAGAUGAUAAAUCAUUGUCAUGAAAUCAUUCAAAGAUUUUUAUUCUCACCCGUGAAAUAUACCAGAACAGCAAAAUGUGCAGAUUUUGAAAAUAUUCUCAUUAAUACAAUAGAAACAAACAAUUACUUAAUCCGAUCCAUAGUAACAUGUGCUGAUAAAAACAUAACUUGGCAAGCAGACAUGGAAGAUGUAUUUGCUGUUCUUGAUAAUUAUGGAAAGAGAGAAAACACCACGUUUCUUGGAUUAUUUGAUGGAUAUAAUGGCACGUCUGCAGCACUUAAUGUGUCAUUGGAACUACCGGUUUUAUUUUUGUCUCACGUUAAAGAUGUGGAUCCAUCGUACAUACUUACAGAGGAAGAAAACAAUUUUAUCGACUCUUUUGAUAUGGUUUUUAAAGAUAGAUACAAGGAAACAGAGGAUAAUUUUUCAUCUGCAGUACAAAGUAAAAUGACACAAGGAAUUAAGUUUGAAUUGAUUCAUGCGUCAUAUGCAAAAGCCUUUUGGAGAAUGGAUAGGAUUUUAAAACUUGGGAGGAAAGAAAAUUCUUUUUCAAGAUGGAGUGGCUGUACAGCUGUGACUUGUUUGAUAGAUGGACUCACCAAUAUUAAGGAAGGUCAAGAGAAAAAUGAUACAGGCCAUCCAAGUGAUGACACAACACACGCACUCAAAUGUAAACUUGGAAUGCUGCAUUUAGCAAAUCUUGGUAAGCAUAUGCUCUGUUCUAAAUCAGUCAUGGUACAUUAA